UCGCAUCACUCACCCGCCGCAAGCAAACACAACGCAAAGAGGAAGAUCAAAAGUGGCCGAGUUUUUGAGCAAAGCAGUCCUAGCAUUCCGCGCGUCGGUUAACGUGUUUUUUACGGUGAAAAUCCAAUCCCAGUGGAAGUAAUUUUCGCGACCGCACAAAGUAAGCCGUGUUCGGAAGUGGUAUCAAAUCUAGAAAGUGAGAAAAGUGACAAAUCCGGUGUAAUUUUUCGGGUUGAAUUUUACUUUGGAAGAUCUCCCGUCAGCUCGCGAAAAAUCGGUGCUGAAACGGAAGUGCAAACCGGGAACGUAACGCCAGUAGAACCAAAGGUCAUCUCCUUCCACUUCGUCUCCGAGUAGAUCGAACAGCAAAACCCGCACCAGCAGCAAAAUGAGCGAUCGUAAGGCAGUGAUCAAGAACGCCGACAUGGGCGAAGAGAUGCAGCAGGACGCGGUAGAUUGUGCGACGCAAGCCCUGGAAAAGUACAACAUUGAAAAGGACAUUGCCGCAUACAUCAAGAAAGAGUUCGACAAAAGGUACAACCCCACCUGGCAUUGCAUCGUCGGCCGGAACUUUGGCUCCUACGUGACACACGAAACGCGCCACUUUAUCUAUUUCUACCUGGGACAGGUGGCCAUUCUUUUAUUCAAGAGCGGUUAAGUUGCAACAACAUCACAGGCAGCAAAAAAAAAAAAGAAAAGCAGCAGCAGUCACCGCAAGCAGCUGAGAGAGCGCGUGUUGCGGAGUAUUGUAUACAGAAAGGAUGAGCAGUAGCAGCAACGGCAGCAGCGCAGCAGGAAACACAUUCUAUUUACUAUUACUUCUACUAUUAAUAAAUUACAAGUAUAACAUUGCCCAACCAAACACAACAAUUGCAACAAGAACCAGUCCGGAUAGCGACAGAAGCAGCUGAGACCGAGAAUGCGCGACUUUGUGAUAUCCGCGAGCUGUGAUUGAUGAUGGCUACCAUGGGAGAAAGAACGCAGCAGAAGAGCAGCCAGCACGGUCUUCCGGUUAACGGUUAACCGUGAGAUGCAUACCAAACCCAGUGGCAGCAAAUCCAUAAGCAAACCUUUGAGAAGAGACGUUCUAAUCUUUAGCUAUCACACUCUCUCCGGAACAUAUUUAGAAGAUCUAACAAGAAGAACAAAUCAAUUGAAGACGCUAACUCUUUUUUCGAAGCAGAACGUAUUAGGAGCACAUUUUAGUAUAGAUCAAAUGAUAGUAGAUAAUUGAUAAUUUGAUUAUAUGCAAAAUUUUGAAUUUUAACAUCUAUUUGGAUUAUCCUUGAUUAGCGCAAAUAAUGGGUUGAAAUUGUUUUUGUUUGUAACGAUACCUACAAAUUAAAUAUGCUGCGUUGAAACGUGUUUGUUUCCUUUUAUCUUAUAUGUAUUAUCAAAAAGCAAAUGAUCUUAAGUUUUCUCAUGGAAAACAUUGAUAUAAUAUAAUAAUAAAUUACGAUAGAUAAAACAAAACAAGAAAUCCUCAAAGAACUCGAGUUGCUGUUUCAUUUACCAAAAUUAUUGUCGAACCUGCUCUGUUGCUCACUUUCUUCAACAAUGGGUUACGCAUGUGAUGGUUUCCUGUUGUCUUGAUGAAAUCCCUUCUGUCUUUCUUUGCGCUCACUCCUCAGUCCAUUCGCUGUUUAAGACCAAUCUAUUGUAGAACAAAAGAUCGCCUUCCUUUUUCAGCGACACCUUCUUUGGUGUGGCUUGUGUUCUUAUGCUCAUCGUCGAACCCUUAGAAAUCACCUUCUUGUCAUUUUAACCUGUGUCCGACGUGUGUUCUCCCUUUAGUAUAUAGUUACACAAAGAAGCAGAUAGAAGUGUGGAGGAAGUCAGCUGAAGUGAAAACCAUUUCCCUCUGAUAUAACCUACUCGAUAAAUCACUGUCCAGAAGCGAACGAUUCGUUCGUCACUAGAUUUUAGUAGUUUAGUACAUACACUACACACUUAUCCAGGAGUGCUCAGAGUGCUGAACUUUCACAUACACAGAUUUCUAGCUCAGAGAAUAUUUUAUUUAAAGAUUUGUUUAACAAAAAAAAACAGCUUAGGUUACAUUUUAUAUUGUUUUCAAGUCCUCGAGACAAAAAAAGAACAAGAAGACAUCGCAUUAGUGAAAUCCGCACCUGAGUUCCCAAUAGAACAUGAUAAAAACCACGCAGAUAUAAAUUUAUUUACCUCCGUACGGAGGAAGAACGAAAUGCACAUUGCCGAAGUUCAAACAAAGCGAGUACUUUAAAACACACGCCGACUCAUAUAGAAAACAAAUCAAGUGAAAUCAACCAAAAA